AUGACCGACGCAGACCCGCCGCAAGCUCCCCCGCUCUCCCUCCCUCCCUCCGCCAUCCUCAAUGCGCCCGGCCUAGCACCGCACCCCGACUCCGAAGAGUUCAUUCGCAAUGAGAGACACCGUACGGCGCAUGAGCUAGAGCCAAUUCGUAAGGACUUUGCGUCUUCACCGCCGUCUAAUGGCCGGCCCUCACCAAACGCGCCGCAAGCUCUACGCUCACCCACGAUACGCUCGCGCGGCAGGGGCAGCUCCUCCCACCGUGGAGGACUACCACGGCGUCCGUCCGACAUAAGCACGGUCCCGGAUGAUGUCGCCGUGGAGGACGAGAGGAGAUAUAGGCUGAGGAGACAGGUGCCGCACUGGUAUGAUCCGGUGGUCAAGUUCUGGAAGAACCAGAUUAGCGUCACGAUUGAUGAGGGGGCGCAUAGGGAUCACUUGGCGAACGAGCGCACCUUCCUCGGCUACCUACGCACCUCCCUCGCCCUCGCUAUGACCGGCGUCAUAACCGCGCAGCUCUUCCGGCUGCAGCACGCGCUGAAUCCGGAUCCAGACAUCGGCUACUUCGUCUUCGGCGUCCCGCUCGCGGCGUCAUUUAUCGGCUCCGGCAUGGUCGUCCUCCUGAUCGGUGCUUUCAGGUUUUGGAGACAGCAGAAUGCGAUGGUUAGGGGGAAGGUACAUGCGGGCGGGUGGGAAGUUACGGGCAUCAUGGUGCUGGUUAUUGCGCUUUGUACCGCGGCUUUUGCGCUAGUUACGGCUGUGGAUGUGGAGAAGAGCUAUAUCUGA